AUGGCAGCACCACUUAUCCGCGAUGAAGCAUCUUCGGAUGUGCCCUUGCUCUCACAGAAACACUCUGGCAUCCCAGCAAUCCUGCUCGACAAGGCGAGGAUCGUCAAGAAGGAGACGUUCGAAGUCCGCACUAAACAGCUGAACGAAAGGCGGAGGCUCCCUGUCAUUCCCCAGGGCAUCGAGGAGAACAAGUUCUUCGAGGCUCUAGAAGAUCUUCGUGGACAGCUCGAUCCAAACACCCACGACAUGAUGACAGUUCUCGAUGAAGAAGAGUUCAUCGCUUCGGCUAUCGUGUAUCCAGGCAGCACCGAGGAAGUGCAGAAGAUCGUCCUCUGGGCCAACAAGUACUUGGUCCCUCUUUUCCCAAUCUCGAUGGGGAGAAACCUGGGCUAUGGCGGUGCCGCCCCUCGUGUGCGUGGCUCCGUGACCGUGGAUCUCGGACGCCGCAUGAGCCGCAUCCUAGACAUCAAUCCGGACGACUACACAUGCCUUGUCGAGCCGGGUGUGUCCUUCUACGCCAUGUGGGAGGCCCUGCAGAGCAGAGGAUAUGACCACAUGUGGAUCGACACACCCGACCUGGGCGGAGGGUCUAUCAUCGGAAACACGAUUGAUCGUGGCGUCGGCUACACGCCAUAUGGUGAUCACUGGGCCUGUCACUCGGGCAUGGAGGUUGUGCUGCCAACGGGCGAGGUUAUCAGGACCGGCAUGGGCGCACUGCCUGGGAGCAACACCUGGCAGGCUUUCCCUUACGGGUUCGGACCGUUUUCUGAUGGCAUCUUCUCGCAGUCCAAUUUUGGAAUCGUCACCAAGAUGGGCAUGACUCUGGUGCCGAACCCUGGUGGACACGAGAGCUUCAUGUAUACAUUCCAAAAGGAAGAAGAUCUAGCACAACUCGUCGAGAUUAUCCGGCCCCUCCGCAUCUCCAUGAUCCUUGAGAACGUGGCCCAGCUCAGACAUAUCACGCUGACCAUCGCAUCAAGAGGCAAGCCUCGAACAAACUAUUACCGCGAUGACGAGCAAAAGAGCACGCCCAUUCCGCCCGAGGUUGUGCACAAAGCUGCUGCAGAGACGCCAGUCGGCGACUGUACCUGGCUCUACUAUGGCAUGUCUUACGGUCCACCGCAAAUCCGAAAAUACAAGUUGGACAUGAUUGACGCCGAGUUCCACAAAGUGCCCGGCUGUAAGCGCAUCGACCCCUCGACGCUGCCACCAGACGAGUAUUUUUGGGUGCGGGACCGCGUGGCCGUCGGCGUGCCGGACGUCCAGGAGCUGGGCUGGGUAAAUUGGGUGCCCAACGGGUCGCACAUUGCAUUCUCGCCCGUCAGCCCGAUCCGCGGCCGGGACGCCUUGGCGCUGUACGACCUGGCCAAAAAGCGGCACGUGGAGUUCGGUAUCGACCUCUUCCCUGCAUUUAUCGUCGGCCUGCGGGAGAUGCAUCUGAUUGUGGAGAUCGUGUACGACAGUGGCAAUGCUGAGCGUCGCCGUGCCGCGCUCAAGUGUCUGCGCGCGAUGGUGCAAGACGCUGCGGCGCUGGGGUACGGCGAGUAUCGGACGCACCUGGCGCUCAUGGACCAGGUCGCAGCUACAUAUAGCUGGGGGGACGGGGCGCUGAUGAAGUUCAACGAGAAGUUGAAGGAUACUCUGGAUCCCAACGGGAUUCUGGCCCCUGGACGGUCUGGUAUCUGGCCGGCGCGGUACCGUGGCAGAGGAUGGGAGAUGAUGGGACAGAAUGAUGAAACCUCGGAAGGCCAAGGAGUGGGAGUGGGCACUGUUCGGAAUGAAUAG